GCUGUCAGCUGCCGGGCGGCUGGCCGAAGACUGGCGAAGGCAGAAGGACUCUCAUGAACUUGAAGUCCAAGUUGAUCCGUUUGGAAAAGGACGGUUUGAUUGAGGACAGAAGCUCAGAGUAACGAGUUUUAACAGUCAACCAACUGGAGGAAUAAACCGGUCAGUCGCUUUUCACUCAGUGCCAUAUCAGCCUUUGCACUGAGGCAGUAUUCGAUCGAUAUUGAAGCACGGUGUUCAAGCCAAGCCUGUGAAGGCAGCUUGCGCAAUGUACCAGCUCGUCAACACAGACGUGUUCAAUUAUCCUCGACAUGACAUCUUUGUCUUGGACAUCCUGCCUGUCUCGACCGGUUUUGCAGCAACAGCUUCAGACCAGACACUCAGUCUCUUUGACCCCCUGAGACUGAGCCAAGGGCCGGUGAAGAGGCUCCGGACAGACCAUGGGAAUCUUACUGCUGCGAAGGUGUACGACGCCGCCAACUCGAUCAUCUGCUCGACAGGAGAGAAUGGUACCGUCUCCGUUUGGGACCUGCGCCUCGACCCUGGGAGGGCUCAGGCACUGCAAAUAGGGGGGAACCAGUCAAGUCUAUUGUCACUGGCAUGCUCAAAUGAGACCAACGCCAUUGCUGCGGGAACAGAGUUAGCCGACCACCAAGCAUCCAUCAUCAUCUGGGACCUCCGUUCCCCUUCCAUUCCCAGGACCCAAUUCAACGAAGUCCACUCCGACGACAUCACCGAGCUAACAUACCACCCCACAAACCCAUCCCUCCUCCUCUCAGGCUCGACCGACGGCCUGGUGAACAUCACCGACACCUCGAUAGCCGACGAGGACGAGGCCGUGCAGCAGACCUUCAACCACGGCUCGGUGCACCGCGCCGGCUUCCUCAACGAGACGGAGGUCUUCGCGGCCUCGCACGACGAGAAGUUCGCGCUCUACGACAUGGCCGAGCAGACACACACCGGCGCGGCCACCGUUGACUUCGGCGACGUGCGGACGCUGCUGGGGUGUCAGUACCUUGCUGCCGUGGCGCCCAAGCUGGGGGGCAUGGGCGCUGUGGUGGGUGUUGGGACGCACGACCAGGAUAUGUUCCAGUUGUUUCACCUGGCAAAGGGCACUGGAGGUUGGGUGUUGGAUAGGGAGACGGUUGUUGGAUUGCCUGGGGCGCACGAGUCGGAGUUGGUCAGGAGUUUCUGCUUCUAUGACGAGCAGCAACUUGUGUUUACUGCCGGGGAGGAUGGGUGUGUCAAAGCUUGGAGGCCCGGGAACUAGACAAGAGCGAAAAUUGGAGGCCUUUCGAGGCAGCCGCGGACCCAAUCAUAGAGCAAGUGCCUAUGGUCGCUCCAGCAUAUGAGAGCGGCGGCCGCGCCGAUGCUUCACUUAAGAUUGAGCCCGGCUUGGUAAAGUCCACACCGUGCCUCUUACCUAACCCGGCUAUACCAACAUGCUAUAGGCUGGGUUUGGCCAGCUGUGAAACCGCCAUCGAUCUGUUGACAUGACCGU